AUGACCCUUUCAUCCCUUCUCCGCAUUACUCCCCGCCUCGUGCCGACCGCGGCCCGCAGAACUACGAGAGCUGCGUCCUCGGUGUCUGGCACGCAGGGUAACAAGACCCUGGACUCAAUUCUGAUUGCUAAUCGUGGUGAAAUUGCACUGCGUGUUGGCCGGACUGCUGCGGAGCAUGGAAUCCGCGUUACAACUCUUUACACCGAUCCCGAUAGUCGGGCGCAACAUGCUUUGAGCACACCUUUUGCGUUUAAUCUGGGCUCCGUGUCGGCCUACUUGGAUGGCGACCGUAUUAUUGAGAUCGCGAAGAAAGAAGGGUGUCGGGGUAUUCACCCCGGGUAUGGCUUUUUGAGUGAGAAUUCUGCCUUUGCUCGAAAAUGCACGGAGGCCGGCAUUGUAUUCAUCGGUCCACCAUGGAAGGCGAUUGAGGACAUGGGUGACAAGAGUCGAUCUAAGGAAAUUAUGAUCGCCGCAGGUGUGCCCUGUGUCCCCGGAUACCACGGCCAUAACCAAGACCCUGCCUUCCUCGAAGCCGAAGCCGAUAAAAUCACAUAUCCUGUCCUGAUCAAGGCUAUCAAAGGUGGCGGUGGAAAGGGCAUGCGAAUUGCUAGCUCAAAGGCCGAGUUCCAAGCUCAGCUGGAGUCUGCCAAAUCCGAAGCCAUGAAUUCAUUUGGUGACGAUCAGGUUUUGGUUGAGAAGUACAUCACAACGCCCCGGCAUAUUGAGGUUCAGGUCUUUGCAGACAAACAUGGCAACUCUGUUGCCCUGGGAGAGCGAGAUUGCAGUAUCCAGCGCAGACAUCAGAAGAUCUUGGAAGAGUCUCCCGCUCCUCAUCUCCCGGAUGCUACGCGAAAGGAUAUCUGGGCUAAGGCCCGAUCAGCUGCGCUUGCAGUUGGGUACGAAGGUGCAGGCACUGUGGAGUUCAUUUUCGACAAUGACUCUGGAGAGUUCUACUUUAUGGAGAUGAACACUCGUCUCCAAGUCGAGCAUCCCGUUACGGAGAUGGUUACUGGCCAAGACUUGGUGCACUGGCAAAUCAUGGUGGCCGAAGGGGCCCCACUGCCUAUGACACAAGAAGAAGUGGAAGAGCGUAUUGCACGCAGCGGACACGGCAUCGAAGCUCGUAUCUACGCUGAGAAUCCCGACCAAGGGUUCAUUCCUGACUCAGGUCGACUGCUCCAUGUCCGAACGCCCGCCACUACAGAGGACGUCCGUAUUGACGCCGGCUUUGUGGAGGGUGACGAUGUGUCAGCCCACUACGACCCGAUGAUCUCCAAGCUGAUCGUUCGCGGCGAGACUCGCGAGGAGGCCAUCCGAAAGCUCGGCGCUGCGCUCGAGCAGUACGAGGUUGCUGGCCCUGUCACGAACAUCGAGUUCCUGAAGACUAUCUGCCGCAGCCCUGAUUUCAUCGCCGGUGCGGUUGAAACGGGCUAUAUUGAGAAGCACCGCGAUGAGCUUUUCGCCCCCAAAACCAUUGAAGAUGAGGUCCUCGCGCAGGUUGCUCUUGCAUGCCUGCACCGUGACGUGCACUCAGGUGGCGCCGCGCCUUCGACCGGUCUUGCAGGAACCACGAUCGGAUUCGCACCCAGCUACCAGCAACGGCAGCUCUCAUUUACCUCGUCCACCGGACCAAACACUGAAGGGACGACCUUCACCGUGCGUGUGCAGCAAACAGCAGAUCAAACAUUCAACGUCGAGAUCGGCUCUCGAGUUUUCUCGCAAGUAACCAGCACAAUGGACCCCGCCUCGCGCGUGGUGACCUCGUUCUUCGGGCACACGCGGCUGGACACGACCGUCGUCCAAGACGCGGAAACGGACACGAUCAUCGCGUUCCAGCGGGGCAUACAGUACCGCCUGGGAGUGCCGCGGGCCAAGUGGAUGGAGAAGGCGUUGGGUAUGAAGGAUGUGGCGAAUAGCGUUCUGGCCCCAAUGCCUUGCAAGGUACUCCGAGUGGAAGUACAAGCGGGCGAUGUGGUGGAGAAGGACCAGCCGCUAGUGGUUAUCGAGAGUAUGAAGAUGGAGACGGUGAUUCGCAGCCCGCAACGGGGGACAAUUGCACGCGUGGUUCAUCAGCAAGGUGACCAAUGCAAGAGUGGGACACCCCUGGUCGAAUUCGCCGAAGAACCAGAAUCAGCGUAA